AUGAGAAUAUACGCAAAAUAUUUUUUGUUUUUCUUUUUAAUUUCACAGGUAUAUAGCAAAAAAUAUGGGUUUGUUAAGAACAAUUUACAAAGAACUACAAAGAAUAUUUUUAGAAAUGUUAGGUUGUACGAUAGCUAUAAUUCAAAUCAAUUAAAAAAUUAUUGCGAAACAUCAAGAGUUGUGUGUACAGGAUUAGGAGUUGUAACUGGUGUUGGAAUAGGAAUUGAAAAAUUUUGGAAUAAUUUAAUAAGUGGAUAUAAUUCAAUUGAUAAAAUUUCGAAGUUUGAUGUAACAGGUAUGGCAUGUGGAAUAGGGAGUGAGAUUAAUAAAAAUGAUUUUAACCCUUCUGAUUUUUACACCAACAAAAAAGAUGUUAAUAGAAAUGAUGAUUGUACACAUUAUGCUGUUGCUGCAACAAGGAUGGCGAUAGACGAUGCAAACCUUGAUUUAAAAAAGAUUGAUAGUGAUAAAGUAGGAACAAUAAUUGGAAGUGGUAUUGGUGGGUUAUUUUUUUUAGAAAAAGAAAUGAAAACAUUGUAUGAAAAAGGUCACAAAAGAAUCACUCCAUAUUUAAUACCAGCAAUGAUAGCUAAUACUCCUUCAGGUUUUGUAUCUAUUGAAAACAAUUUAAGAGGUAUAUCUCUUGGAAUGCUAAGUGCUUGUGCAACUUCAGGUAAUACAAUUGGAGAAGCAUAUAGAUAUAUAAAAUAUAAAGAGUAUGAUGUUAUGAUAUGUGGUGGAACUGAAGCAAGCAUUACUCCUAUCAGUUUUGCAGGAUUUAAUGCGUUGAGAGCUUUGUGUAUUGGAUAUAAUGAUAAUCCAAAAAAGGGAUGUAGGCCUUUUGAUUUAAAAAGAAGUGGAUUUGUAAUGGGAGAAGGUUCUGGUAUUUUAAUUCUAGAAUCUUAUGAGCAUGCUAUUAAAAGAAAUGCUAAAAUUUAUGGAGAAAUUUUAGCAUAUGCUUCUGAAAGUGAUGCUUAUCACAUAACUGCUCCAGAACCUAGUGGAAGGGGUUUAACGAAUUCAAUUAAAAAAGUAUUAAGAAAUGGAAACAUAAAUAUAUCUGAUGUAAAAUAUGUUAAUGCACAUGGAACAUCUACUAAUUUAAAUGACAAAAUUGAAACGACGGUUUUAAAAAAUGUUUUUAAAGAUCAUGCAUAUAAAUUACAUAUAUCAUCCACUAAAAGUAUGACUGGUCAUUGUAUUGGGGCUGCUGGUGCCAUUGAAUCUAUUGCUUGCUUAAAAGCUAUGCAAACAAAUAUUAUUCCACCAACCAUUAACUAUGAAAAUAAAGAUCCUGAAUGUGAUUUAAAUUAUACACCCAAUAAAAGUGUUCAUUCAAAAGAAGAUAUAGAUAUUUCAUUAAAUACAAAUUUAGGUUUUGGUGGUCACAAUACAGCUUUAUUAUUUAAGAAAAUUACUAAAUAA